CGACCACAAGAUUUGAAGAUGGAGCUAGUCCGAGCAUGGACAAGUCCUGAUGGCGGCGUAAAGCAAGCGAUUAUUAAGGUCCGGCAAGCCCUAACGUCGUCCAACCAGGACGACCUCACGGAGCUCUUGAAUGCCUUGUUGUGGGGUGUAGCUCGUGGUGUCGUGCCUCAGGAAGAGAUCCUGACUGCGCUGGCAGAUGCCGGACUCGCAGACAAUGAACAUGCGACGGAGGCACUCGCGGACGUGCUGUGGGUGAUUUCGAACCAGGCCGAGCGGAUGCGCGAUCAGGGCGAUGCCACCACUUGGACCAACAUGUGCUCGUUAAUUGGCGCUAUUCACUCGCGGGCGCUCGUGCCGUCCGUCACACUCAAGUCGGUGCUCGAGCUUGAAAUCCUCCACGAAGCAGGCAUCUCUUCCGAACCCCCGGCCACCGUCACGAAAAAGAUCGUACGCAUCAACACGCGCAACUUGUACACACAGAACAAGUUCAACCUGCUCAAAGAGGAGAGCGAGGGUUUUGCAAAGGUGCUGAGUCUUAUGCAUUCUGAAAUCACGUGCGAGAACCUCCAGUCGACCAAGACGCAUCUCCUUUCGUUGAUCGGGUACUUUGACCUGGACCCGAACCGCGUGCUCGAUCUCGUGCUGGACGCGUACGAGGUGCACUACACGAACGACUGCUUCAUGGAGCUCUUGACGGAAUUCAAAGUCGACGGCCUCGCACAUGUCCUCGGAUUCAAAUUCCACUAUUACACCCACCAGUCCAAGCCCGCCCCUCGCUCGCUGUAUCGACUUGCCGCGACGAUGAUCCGAAACGGCCUGCUGUCGCUGGCGGCCAUGUUUUCUCACCUGUCUCCGACCAAGGAAGCGAUCGUCGCGUCCGCCCAGCAAGAUCGAGCAACCCUCGUCGAACGCGCCAAAUCGUACGGCAAGGUCAACCUAAACGCAAAAAAGGACGACGACGGCGAUGGCGGCGCGACCGUGCAAGCCACCGUCGAGUCCAAGCACGCGUCGAAUCAAGUGUAUGGACUUAUCAUUGGGCUGCUCGAAAUCGGCGCGACGGACCAAGGAUUUGCCCUCAUCGAAUGGUUUACGAGCCGCCAGGUCAACCCGCUCGAGUACAAACCGCUGGCGCUGCAAGUGUGCCAGUUCAUUCACGAUCUCGUGGACGAAGUGUACGCGCCGCUGUCGCUCAAGGCGCUCCAGUUUGCCACAAAGCAGCACCGAGGGGCCGAGAAAGACCGACGCCGAGUGGUCGCGCCGGUCCAGUCCGUCGACGAGUUUGUCGUUGCCGUGCUGCCCAAGCUCCACUUGGUCGGGGGGCAUCUGCAUUACGAUCAGUUCCUCUGGACCAAGCUCUUGCGCAUUCUGAACGGCAGCACCGCGAUCCCGCCGGACGCUGUCGAGUCGCUCAUUCACACGUGCUUCAUCCCGGCCAUGUCGAUGCACCACUGCUGCCCCCACCUCGUCUACCAAACGUGGGACCUCCUCAAAGCGUACUCGGUCCAGAAGCGGUACGGGUUUUACCUCCACUGGCAAUCCCUGUACAGCUCGACGCCCGACCUCAUGCUCAAGCACGCGCAGACCAUUCAACACACGCGGAAGAUCAUGCGGCGGCUCACAGCCGACAAGACCAAGCCGACCGGCCGCCUCCUGACCCACGUCGCGCACGCCAACCCGCUCGUUGCGUUUCGCACGAUUCUUCAGCAACUCCAGUCGUACGAAAACCUCAUCCAGCCCGUUGUCGAGUGCCUCAAGUACAUGUCGCCACUCGGGAUGGACGUCCUGUCGUACGUGCUCAUUUCCGAGUUGAGUCGGCCACGCAAAACGUUCAAGGCGGACGGCCACAACGUGUCGCUGUGGCUGUCGUCGCUUGCCCAGUUUGCCGGCAGCUUUUAUCGCAAGUACCCGACCGUCGAGCUCGGCGCCCUCCUCUCGUUCUUGUUUCGCCGGCUGAGUUCGUGGGAAAGCGGCGAACUCAUCGUGCUCAGCGAACUACUCACAAAAAUGGGGUCUUGUCUCGCUCUUGAAGACAUUUCGACGACUCAGUUGGAAGCACUUGCGGGCGGACCCAAUUUGGGCUUUGAAGCGCCAGACCCCAAAGUCAACAACAAGCGCGCGAUUCCGUGCCUGCGCAACACGCUGGUCAAGCAAAACUUGGCUUGGCCGCUGAGCCUCGUGAUUAGCCAAAUGCGAAGCCAAAUCGAAUUCGACAGCGACACGGGCGCCAAACACCUCAAGCUCCUCGGGUCCGGCUACGACAUGGCGCAGCGGACGCUCAACCAACUGCUCGCGUUUCUGCACGCGGCCGCCGACCCAUCCACGUAUAUUGCGUCGCUGCCGUCCGUGGCCCAGCUCAUCCACGAAUUCCAUGUCCCCCACGAACUCGCGAUGGUUCUCGUUCGUCCCGCCAUGCGCGCGCACGACCCGCUCCUUCGAAAAGUCAGGCGUAGUGUCCAUGCUGGUGGCAGCGGCAGUUCGUCGUCGGAAGAAGCAGGGCCGUGGUACAUGUACAGCGCUACACUCUUGGACGACGUGGAAAAAGCAUUUGGCGCGGCGGCCGGCGACGGCCAUCCGUUUGGCGGCAUGACCAAACAGCUCUUUACAACGUUCUGGGGCUUGACUCUGUACGACAUUUACGUUCCCCAUGGCCAGUACAACGCCGAGAUUGAAAAAGCCAAGAACGACUUGAAGCAACUCGCCGCCGGCAACGCCACGGGCGAAGGGGGGAAGAAGAAGCCGAAGGAGCGGCUCAUGAGUGUGAUCGACAAUCUCGUGAACGAGAUGAAGGACCAAGUGGCGCACCGGAAAGCUGUAUUUGGACGCAUCGAAGAGCACAAGGACGAGUUCUUUCUCCCAACCCAAGACACGACGGUGGUGCAAUUGCUUCAGCGAUGUGUCCUGCCGCGGUCGUUGCUGUCGCCGGAAGAUGCCGUGUACUGCGCCAAGUUUAUGCACCACUUGCACUCGAUCGGUGUCCCGAAUCUCAGCACGCUCCAGUAUUACCAAAAAGUGACGCUCAACCUGUCGGGGCUCGUGCUGUGUACGACGGAGCGCGAAGCGUCCAACUUUGGCAUUUUCAUGCGCGAAACCUUUUCGCUCUUGAGUCGAUGGUACCAGCACGCAGACGACUACAAGGCCGAAGGGACCCGCACCGGCUUUAGCUUGUCCUUGACCGAUCCGACCAACGUCCUCGACUACGCCAAGUACAAAAACCUGUACGCGAAAUGGCAAUCGCACCUCGACAAAGUGUACACGCACACGUUGGCGACGGGCGACUACAUGCCGACGCGGAAUUCGCUCGUGCUACUGACCAAGAUGAUCGAUGUAUUUCCGACAACGAAAACGACGUCGGACAAGCUGUUCGCGCUCGUGGAAACGUUGAUGCAAGACGACCGAAAAGACUUGAAGCUCAUGGCGACGAGUUACUCGGCGCUGUUGAAGCGCCGCAUCAACACGUUGUUCGCCGACAUGAAAGCCACGACGUCCGAAAGGUCGCCCAGCACCCAGACCGCGACGACCACCACCACAAGCAGCUCGUCCAAGCGCGGCCGGUCCCGCGAUCGACGAGAUGCGCGCGAUAAAAAGGACGACGCGUCGGAGCGGGCGACGCGAGGCCGGUCCCGCGACAAGAAACCAGACUCGCUGCCGCCUCUCGCCCCCGCGGACAAGUCGACCGGUGGGGCAAGUGGCGGCCGAGCAAGGGACGGCAAGCGACCUGCAGAAUCGCCGUCGACGCCGACGGACAACAGGAAAACGUCGAGCGACAAAGACCGGAAGGAAUCGUCGACGACGUCGGAAAAGGACAAGAAGCAAUCGUCGACGGACAAGGAGCGGAAGCCGUCAACGACUGAAAAGCCAUCCCGCGGUCGGUCGCGGGAAAAGCCCAAGCAAUCCGAGUCGUCCAAGCCCCCCACGCCGACGGAAAAAGCGCAAAGCCGAUUGCCGCGGGACAAGAAGCUCACGCCUCAGACAGAGGCAUCGCAGCUGACGCUGUCGUCAGCGGAUCGCGCGCCACGUGGCCGCUCGCGAGACAAAAAGCAGCCCGCGGCGGACGACUCGUCGCAACAAUCGGCAGCAGCGGACAAGCCUGCGGAUCGACCGAGGGACACGGCAGCAGACAAGGCGGCGGAGAAGCCCACGGACGAUGCGACGGACAUAGCGCCGGGUGGUCGAUCUCGAGACAUGCCUAAUUCACAGGGUGAAUCGAAAGACUCGAACAAGCGCACGAUUCCUGCCUUGGCGACCGAGGCGAGCUUAAAGCGGCAGAUUGUCGAGCGCGAACAGAAAAAGCGCGAGCGGGAGGUGGCCGAUGCGGCCGACCAGCCGAGCGCCAAGUCCCGCAAACUCACGUCGUCGUCGUUGGCAGAUGUAAACGCAAAGCGCGUCCAGGACGAAAAGAAGCGCCGACUCGAGCAGCGCAAGUCGUCGGAAGCGGCGACCGACGCGUCGAGCGAUGCCAAACUUUCAACGAGUCGCAGUGGUGGCGAGUCAAGAACGGUCGAGCCGCCGCGAAGCAGCAACCACAGGCAAGACCGACACGACCAUAGCUAUCGGUCCGACCGCGCGAAUCGAGACCGACGUGAUGGUGGCAGCGGCCGCGACAACUCGAGGUGAGCGAUGCGCAAGUGCUUGAGACGGGCGCUACUAGCACGAGAGGACACAGCGUGCUGGCGCUAUUGAGUCUGUUUGGAAUGUGUAUUAAAAGCGGGAAGAAGCAGUUCGAUCGAGGUCGGUCGUUGUCGACGUCUUGGAUGGGAGUUUGGUCGUGUGGAAGGAGAACGAGUUCUUGGCGCUGAUGAGCUUGGCUUUGUCGACGGGGUCGAGCAUGACUGCUGCGUCCGUGGUCGCGCGGGGCCGCAUCGCUUGGCUGCUGCGCUCGGCGCGCUGCUUCGCUUCUUCGGCCGCCACCACCUCCUGCUUGGCUUUGUCGAACGCCUGUACGAGUAGUCAGGAACACAAGUCGAAAGGGCAGAGCUCGUGUGCAGCGUACGGUGCAAAACGACGACAACGUGAGGAAAAACUCGGUCGGUUUCUUGGCCGGGUCUUCGCCAAAGUACUCAAACACGGU